UUUGUACUACUGAAGUUCACUUACAAGUUACGACACAACUAUAUGCCCCAGAUAUGGAUGAUGCCGGACAGUGAGGGUCACAGCAAAUGCAUCGACCGCCCGAAAAACCACUACAGAACAAGCAAUGCAACAGCUGGCUAUAUAAUGGUUGAUGCCAAUGGUGGAUUGAACCAGAUGAGAAUGGGAAUAAGUGAUAUGGUUGCAGUUGCUAAGCUCAUGAAUGCAAUACUGGUAAUCCCUACACUGGAUCACCGAUCAUUCUGGACUGAUCCAAGUGAUUUCAAAGAUAUAUUUGAUGUGGAGCACUUCAAGAAAACUUUAGAGGAUGAUAUCUUGAUUGUGGAUUCCUUACCGCCAGCUUACAAAAAAUUGAAACCCUAUAGUAGGGCACCAUCUUCCUGGUCCAGGGCUUCCUACUAUAGAGCUUUCGCACGAACACUAAAGAAGGCCAAAGUUGUUAAAUUUACACAUACAGAUUCACGAAUCGUCAACAAUGGUCUCGCUCCUCAUAUCCAACGACUCCGUUGCCGGACAAAUUACGAGGCACUCAAAUACAAGAAAGAGAUUGAAGAUCUAGGUAAUACUCUAGUUGAUAGACUGAGGAAUGGGUCCAACCAUUAUAUCGCACUUCACUUAAGAUAUGAGAAGGACAUGCUCUCAUUUACUGGCUGUAGCCAUAAUCUAACACACCAGGAGGCAGAGGAGCUAAGAGAAAUGAGACUAAACGUGCGGCACUGGAAAGAAAAGGAAAUUAAUAGCAAGGAGAGGCGACUUCAAGGAGGCUGUCCUAUGACUCCUCGUGAAGCAGCACUUUUUCUCAAAGCUAUGGGUUAUCCUUCCAGAACCAAUAUCUACAUUGUAGCAGGUGAAAUAUAUGGUGGACAUAGUAUGGAUGAAUUGAAGGAUGAAUAUCCAAAUAUCUACACACAUUAUAGUCUGGCAACAGCAGAUGAAUUAGAGCCCCUCAAGCUGUACCAAAACAGGUUAGCUGCAGUGGAUUACAAUGUAGCCCUUCAGAGUGAUGUUUUUGUAUAUACAUAUGAUGGAAAUAUGGCCAAAGCAGUACAAGGUCACAGAAAAUUUGAAGGAUUCCGGACAACCCUUAACCCGGACAGACAGAAGCUUGUGGAGCUCAUUGACAAGCUUGACGAAGGUACAAUAACUUGGAACGACUUCCAAAGCAAAGUGAAGAUGCAUCAUGAAAACAGACUUGGAGGUCCAUAUCAGAGGUUGCCUGGUCAAAGUCCAAGGCAAGAGGAGUAUUUUUAUGCAAAUCCUCUCCCGGGGUGCUUGUGCAAAAGAACAAAAAUGAUUAAGUGACAUGGAUGUACUCUUAAGAGGUGGGAAUACUUCAAAGAUAACUGCCCUCUUAACUACAUGUGACAGUGAAAUAGGUAGACAUCCAUUAGAAUGAUUGAGGUACACCAAAUAGUGCAAGUCCUAGUAAACUGACACCAACAUACCACAGAUUAUUUUCCUAGUCUGACAAUGUAUGUAAUACUCGUUCUUACAUAUAGAGGUGGGAUAGGGAGGUUCACUCAUUGUCUUCCAAAGAUGUACAUUUACAAUGAAUUGUUUAAUCAAGUCGAGAGACCCAUGGGAAAGUCACAGAGAUUUCAAGUAGUAUUAGAGGACAAAUGUACAAUAGAGGAUAUGAUUAGCGAGACAGAAAACUUCCGAUACAUGUUUGUACUUCAUUUAUACUAUGAAUGUACAGCCUUUCCUCUUUGGAAAUUUUGAUUUU